AUGAAGCUUUGUGUAUGGAGAGGUUGGUCCUCACCAACUUCUCUAUCAUCUCACCAUUGCUCAUCUCCACUGAUCAAGUGUUCCUCCUCCCCUUCGGGUCCGUCGACACUCCGCGGCCGCUCCACCGCGAGGAUCGGGAGGCGGUGGGCGGAGUACCAAGGCGCCGACGACUGGGCCCGCCUCCUCGACCCGCUCGACGACACCCUCCGCCGUGAGAUCCUCCGCUACGGCGAAUUUGUCCGUGCCGCCUACUCCGCCUUCGACACCGACCCCUGCUCCCCGUCCUACGCCGCCUGCCGCUUCCCCAAGCACUCCCUCCUCCGCCGCGCAGGCCUGUCCCGCACCGGCUACCGCGUCACGCGCCACCUCCACGCCACGACUGCCGCAGCAGUUCCUCGAUGGAUAGCCGAUGCCGGAGCCCCCUCGGCGCUCUCGCGGCGGUCGAGCUGGAUCGGGUACAUCGCGGCCUGCAGGGACGAGGCCGAAAUCGCCCGGCUCGGCCGCCGCGACGUCGUUAUCGCGCUCCGCGGCACCGCCACCUUCCUUGAGUGGAUCGAGAACUCCCAAACUUCUCUCACUGGCUUGGAUGGCUGCACUUCCGACAAUGUGUCGGAGCCGAUGGUGGAGCGCGGUUUCUGGAACCUCUUCACGACCGCAGUCGCUCCGCAUGGCAGCCUGCGGGCGCAGGUGCGCGAGGAGGUGGGACGGAUCGUCGACGCGGCGGCGGCGACUGCGACAGCGGAUGCGUACCCGUUGAGCUUCACGGUGACCGGGCACAGCCUCGGCGCCGCACUCGCGGUGCUCGCUGCGCACGACAUUGCCGACACUUUUUGCCGGGGCAGCAGUGACCGCAAGGCGAUGGUGACGGCGAUAUCGUUCGGCGGACCGCGGAUCGGGAACGAGGGGUUCCGGCGGAGGGUGGAGGGGAGUGGGUGCAAGGUGCUGCGGAUAGUGAACGCCGGCGAUGUCGUGACCAAAGUGCCGGGCUUCGUGGUGGAAUCGGAGGACGACGGCGGCGGCAGGUGGUGGCGGAGGGCGACGACGGCACUGGGGUGGGCGUACGCCGACGUCGGACGGGAGCUGCGGCUGCGAGGAGGCGGCGGCGGCGGCCGGGGGUCGGCCAACCUGGUGGAAUGCCAUGACCUCGGAUUGUACCUUGACCAAGUCAACCAGCUAGAGGCAGCGGAGGCAGAGGCGGAAGCGGAAACUGCUCGCCUUGCCUCUCACCUUCAUGCUCUCGCUCUCGCCCUCGCCCUCGCCCUCGCCCGCGCACCUCACACCUUCCUCGCUUCCGACCACGCUGAGCCUGAGGCGUGGGCGAUGCUUCAGGUCAUAGCGGUGGCGGAGGCGGUGAAUGUGAUGGCAGUAGAGACUAAGACGGCUGCGGAAGAAAGGGUGGGCAAUGACAGUGGAGAUCGAGGCGGCAGUAAAAGCAAUGGCAAGCCUCGCCCUCUUAAAGACCAAUAUUAA